AUGCCACCCAAGAAAGCAAAGGCGGUGACCCGGGGCAAUAAAGCGCGUCGUGGUGUUGCCCGUCCUCCAGAUGUAGCAAAGAAGACGGGCUCGGCCAUGUCAAACUCUCAAUCAGAAGUGAGCUCUCGAGCCAAAACCCCAAGAAAGGCCGCCGCAAGAGGGAAAUGGAGCGAAGAACAGCUACUCACAAGCGAUAAGUCCGUCCUCAUUGAUCUGGAUUUAGUAAAAUUGUUAUCACAACCUCAAGCAUGGAACUGUCUCGAGGAAAGCGAAAAGCUGGAGAUUCUUGCUUUACUCCCACCAGAUGUUCACCCUGACGCUGCUUGUGCUUCCGACGAUCCCAACGCAAAGAUACCCCCGAUGCCCGAUAGCUUCAUCCGCUACUCCAACAACUGGCGCGAUGGUGUGCGACAGUUCCAGCUUGAUCUUGAAAACGGCCGCUAUGACCCUGAAUGGUUAAAACAGGCCCAGGAUGCAAGAGAGCGUCGCGCGCUAGGCGAAUUCGACAGUUUCAAAGAGCGCGAAUAUGAGGAGUUUUGGGGACAAAAGCAGAAAGUCGUCAACAGAGCAUAUGCUGGAGAAAGCGCGCGAGUGAAACUGGGGACUCUUAUCAGUGAAGGUAUCAUCCUAGUGGGGGAUAUUUGGAGAUUCUAUUAUGUUUAUGGGCGAGGACCGAGUAGAAUCGUUGUUGAGAAGGAAGUUCGGAUUGAUGAAAUCAACGGGGCGAAAUUGACUUUUGCUGUCCCACCCGGCGAAAAAGUCUUCCUUCGUAGCAAUAACAUAGACCAGAAACAUACGACACCGGAACAAAAGGAGAAGAGGGGCGAUGAAGAUUUGAAAGCUGAUCUCGAAACAGAGUCAACCCCAGCCAUUGCUCCUUCGAGCCAGGAGAUGAAAGAUGCAGAGCCAGCCCCAGAGGCUGCGAAAUUAUCCCAGAAAGAUGAGGAGAUGAAAGAUGUUGAUGACCUGAAGUUGCAAGAUAUUCCUGGACCUUCCAAUGCGGCGAUGGAAGCGGAUGUCAACAAGACAUCCCAGGAAAUCCCUACAUCUUCCAAUGCCGAUGUGAUGGAAUCAGCUGUCAACACUGAUGCUCAUGAAGAUUCUACUCCCCCAAAAGGUGAAGAUAUGCAAAUCAAUGAUUCAGAGGCCAAAACAGGGCUUGCAGUACCCACCGAGAAAGACCAACAGGAACAAGGUCCUGACUUCAGCGUUGUCAUUGUCAGCCCCAAUAGUGGCAGAUCUCCGAGCGUGAAACGCACGAUCCCUUUCCCCUCCCCUCAGCCUCCAGUGAAGCGCAAAAAAGGACGACCACGCAAGCAUCCGCUACCUGUGCAGCCCGAACCACAGCCCGAACCAGAGGUGCACCUGGAAACGGAGCUGCUACAACCUGAUCAGCUCAAACCAGCGCCUCCUACCUCUUCGCUAUCUCUAUUGGCAGCAGAAAUUGAGAAGAGCACUAGAGCGACUGCAGAGCCUUCUUCACUAUCCAUCUUAUCAGCAGAGAUCGAGAAGAACACUCAGGCGGCCCCCAAACCCUCUUGCCCGGAAACUGAAGUUCUAAAUAUCUCCAUCCAAAAUGGAUCAGUAGAGAUUUCCACAGACAAACCCGAAUCUCCAGUCAUCAAAAAGGAGGCACACGCCGAGACACCCAUCGAGAUUGACGCUGUUGAUGCCAACGCUGUUGAUGCCAACGCUGCUGACCCCAACGCUCCAACGGAGCCAAAUAUCAAGUUCGACCAGGCUACAUCCAAUGAUCUCGCAGAAGCACCCGUCAAGGAUGAGCAAGAGGAGCCCGAACCUGCAAUCUCCGAACCACCCCCAACCUAUUCUAAAUUUCCCACCAAUGAAAUGGGCGAGAUUAUUCUCUCCAACAUGUCUUCACCAGCAGCCCUCGUCUUGAAGAUCCUGCAAAUCGAUGGUCGUAUGCCCAAUGGCCGCACAGCAAAUGCUUGGAAAGAACUUCGAUGCUAUCGCAACAAUCAGGACAUGGGAAGUCUCUUUGAUGUGCGAGAGGCUUGGUUCCUUCAGCACGAAUAG